GGGGCGGAGCCACCAGCAGGCUGACCGUGGUCGUCGCAGUCAUGGAGGAAGUAAAAGUGUUUCCUCUGACCUGUGCUGUACAAAAUUAUGCGUGGGGUAAAGUUGGACUGGACAGUGAGGUGGCCAAGCUGGUGCUGGGUGGGGACCCACUCGCAGUGAUAGAAGAUAAUAAACCUUAUGCUGAGUUGUGGAUGGGUUCCCACCCUAAAGGCGAUGCCCAGAUUAAAGACAACAGGAUUGCACAGACCACCCUGGGCCAGUGGAUCGCCCACUACCCAGCCUGCCUGGGCUCCAAGGUGAAGGACGCCUUCCAGGGUCAGCUGCCGUUCCUCUUCAAAGUCCUUUCUGUCAACACAGCUUUGUCCAUACAGGCCCACCCUAACAAGGAGCUCGCUGCCAGUCUCCACGCUCAGUUUCCGGAGCAUUAUCCAGAUAACAACCACAAACCAGAGAUGGCCAUUGCCCUCACACGCUUCCAGGGUCUCUGUGGCUUCAGACCAGUUGAGGAGAUUCUGAAUUUUCUGCAGUAGGUGCAGCAGGGAAGGACACAUCCAGCAGCAACGGUGAGCUGCUGCUCCGCCUCCACUCCCAGUAUCCCGGAGACAUCGGCUGCUUCUCCAUUUACUUCCUCAACUAUGUGGUUCUGGAACCGGGCCAGGCCAUGUUCUUAGGAGCCAACGAGCCUCACGCUUACAUUUAUGGAGACUGCAUCGAGUGUAUGGCCUGCUCAGACAACACUGUGAGGGCCGGCCUGACACCCAAAUACAUCGACGUUAACACACUGUGUGAGAUGUUGAACUACAAACCAGCGCCUGCCUCCUCCAAAAUCUUCCCGUGUGUCCAGGACCCCUCAGACCCCUGCGUAACCCUGUACAACCCACCAGUGCCGGACUUCACUGUCAUAAAGAUACAAGUCCCGACCUCCGUGAAGGACUACGUCGUGGCUUCAGUGGACAGCGCCAGCAUCCUCCUGGCCAUCGAAGGCGACGCCGUGGCCACCUCUGCGGCUGCUUUGUCGGACCUCACAAUGAGACGCGGAACGGUCCUGUUCGUCUCGGCCAAUGAGAGCCUGUCCCUGCACAUCACCUCUCAGUCGGGGAUGACCCUGUUCAGAGCCUGCUGUCUCUUGUAGAUGUGACAUAGCUGUGUGUGUGUGUGUGUGUGAAACCUUAUACUACCGUGUCUUUGUGGUCAGACUUAGGAAGUUGCUCAACACUGAUGUGCACUACUUGGUAGGCGGUAUUAAAAACAGAUCUUUUUGACGGCAUCCAUUGGUGUGUUUUAAUCAGACUCAUCCAGCAGCUCUGUGUUUCCUCCUGAAGUAUUCUCAUUCUUAGAAAUCCAAUAUUCCUGUGUUGCAGAGUUUUCUAUUGUAGCUCUUUAUUUAACUAAAAUGGUGCAAGUGCUACUUGUAGAAACGAUGACACAAGUUCAAACUGGUGCUGGACUACGAACACAUAUUCUAUGAAAUGGUGAAACAGCAACAACAUUUGGUUACCUUCAGGUUUAUGAUGAAGUGAAGCUUGUGAGAUCACAAAUGUUGCCACUUCUUUUUAAAGGGGACACAUGCAAAAUCCUCAUUUUUAGCCCUUAAAUACAUUUUGUUAGAGUCUCUACAAGUGCAGAACAGUUCUGUUUGGGUUAUUUUAUUUAUUUGUUUUUAAACCUCUGUUUAAUUUUUUUCUAUUCUCUGUUGCAGUUUUUGAGCAAUAACAAAAUGUAUUUAAAGAGACCGCGUCAAUACGAGUUGCUCUGAGAUUGCACCUUAGAAAAGAGGUGAAAGAGGGGCUUGUGGAGUUACAAUAACGACAACUUCAGACUAAAUCAUUGCAGUUCAACUUUUUAUAGACCCCAACUAUAUGAUUUAAAUGUGAAAAGGGAAUUUAAAGCAUACGUCUCCUUUAAUGCCACUGCUUGAAUUUUUACUUUUUUUAUGUUUGUCUGUUUUUUAGACUAAUGCAGUACUGUGUUCUGGGAGCCAGCACCAUGAGUUUAUAGUAGCACUGUUACUGUGAGAAGGUAUUGAAGGAAAUGAGUUACUAUUUUAAGUUUAUCUAGAACAAGUGUUCAGUACAGAGACAGGUUUGAGUCGGUCCUGGGAUCAUCUGAUGCAUGUUUGAUUUAAAACGCCUGGGAUGGCCUUUUCUCGCUGCUGUAAUGUUACGUAUUGAGAGAGAAACGGAUCCUGCUGAGUUUUGGGCUGUGAACCGUGCAUGUUUACUGUCUGUGACCUUUUCAAGUUUGUGAACGAUUAUUUAAGGACUUUCUUCAUCCCGUGAAGCUCCAGAACACGAGAGUCAUGAAUCCCUGGUUGGUUUAGUCGUCUUGUUCUGUAUGAAAUAAAUACGUUUGUUUUUGCUUGCUCCACAUGAACUUCCCCACCUCUAGAAUGAACGGUUAGAAACCACGGACAUUUAUCUCCAAAUGUUCGUCAAACUGCUUUUACUACAUAUAAUUUAUAUCUUUGUAUGUUGCAUUGUUUGUACUGAUGAAUGAUUGUUUGACAGUGAUGUGAGCUGUGAUUUAAUCUUUCAGAUCUAUUGUCCGGUGCAAACCUUUGUACAAAGACACAACAGGGUCAAUCUGGUAUUAACCUUUUCAUUUAAAAAACAUGCAUUUUAUUGGCUAACUUUAGAUGAAUGCCUCGCCAGUCUUCCUGCCUGUCAUUAAAAAGUAUAAAUGGAAGAAGCUAA